AUGCCACGUAAUGAAAUUUCCGAUAUAACCAAAGAGCGUAUCUUGCAAUUUUUACAGAAGGGAUAUUCUCAAUUUCGAAUUGUGAAUAUUUUGAAACGUGAUGGAAUUUCUAUAGCACAAUCUUCGGUUUCACGUAUUAAUAGAAGUAUUGACCGUCAAAAAAAAUCCAAAUCGAAAAUUAAAAUUUGUCGAAGAAAACUAUCAGAAACAGCAUCAAAUAUUAAUAAAGUAAUAGCAAAAACUGAUGUCGAAGAUCCACCAACUCAGUAA